UCCUGUAAAUCACAGAUUAAAUCAUUGAGAUAAAAACUACUUCUUCAAUGAUGUUUGUUCGGCCGGAAAGGGGAAGAAUUUUAAAGUUUAUAAUACUCGUACCGGGUUCUUUGUUUAGCCCCAGUUUUAGAGAAUCUGGAUGCAAACAUAGUGUCAGGUUGCUUUCUGGAAACUUGUCCUCUUGAAAAAGAGUGAAAAUGUUACCAGUAGUUUGAUAACCUGUUGGGGGAGUGUAUUCAGAGCAGGACAUAAUCAGCAGUAAAUUAAUCCUUAGGAAGAAAGCAAUGAAUUCCAUCUUCAGAGUUGUGUUUCCAUUACUUCUUUUCACUGUUGUCCCAGUGUGGCCUUGUUUCAGAUCAUGCUGCAACUGUGGAAGCAUGACACCACGGGAUCCAUACAUACUUCUGGACUCAGAGCUGGUCCUGAAAUGCACACUCAACUCCUCGGCUCCUUAUGAUUCCUCCAGGUUGUACUUCUCACUCAAACCCAAUAAUCUAUCCAUUCCUGAGAGGGAAAUCCCUAUGAAUUAUACCAGCAUUAUAAACAAGAAGACCAUAUCAUUGAGGAAGACCAUGAGGUCUCUAGAAGAGGCAGGCUACUAUUACUGUAAGCUCAGAGAUGUUAAGCAGUCCAUCAGUAUGGUAGACAGGCAGGUGGUAGAACUAGAGUAUCCCCUCCGAAAUGUGACAAACUUCCAUUGUGAAAUCUAUGACUGGGAUGUAAAUAAGACGUGUACCUGGGACCUUGGAUUUUACGCUAAUCCAAAUAACAUCAAUGUAACCCUGUAUGGGAAACACUGUUUUGGUGUCAGGACUUGCAAAAAAUCCGUGUUCAUAAAAUGUCCUUCUCUAAGCCCUAACCAGUGCAGAUGGCAUUUUGGGUCAUCUAACUUUGACAGUAGAUAUUUUCGGGUCAUUUUGUUGUUGAGGAAUCUCAAGCUUAAAGACUCGAUACUACGCUCCAGUUUCUGGCUAGAAGUAGAAAAUCUAGUGAGACCCUCUCCAGUGAAAUACUUGAACAUAUACAACACAACAUACAAAGACUGUGUGACUGUCACCUGGGAGUAUAAUCGACCAAACCGAGUCCAGGCAGUGGAGAUAAGGUACUCCAAAUUCCAGAGAGACGAUGACGUUCUUAAGACAAUGAUAUUGAAGAACAGUGCAGUCAAUGCCACAAUAUGUAACCUCACUGCUUACACUGACUAUGUGUUUGAGAUUCGAGUCAAGCCACAGAAUUAUGCUGGAAAUAUCACUGGAUAUUGGAGUCAAUCUACCAGAAAACUUUAUAAAACCAUCGGUGAUAAUCCCAGUGCAGCCCCUGUACUUACCCUGGGAAGUUACAUCAAUGAUCAGGAACAUUGCGUCAGUGACAUGGAUAAUCGUCGAGUUGUUGUUUUGUGGAAGUCAAUAACGAAUAUGGAAUCCAAUGGAAAUGACACAUACUAUGAGGUCCACUACCGGCAGAUUGGAGACACACAUACAGAUAAGAAGGUGGUGAAGGAGAGGAUAAUGAAGGUAGACCUGGACCUGAAGUGUAGGAAGGGUUAUAACAUCCACGUCUACGCUAUCAACGAGUUUGGCUUGUCCUCUGUAUAUGGAUCCAUUCAUAUUCCACCCAAUGGCACUGUAGAGAUGCCUAAGAAUGUUCAGGUGGAGACAGAUAACAAACUGGUCAAUGUUUCCUGGGACUACAACCCAAACAAAAAUGUCAGCUUCACGGUCUACUGGUGCAGCAAACGAGGGCUGAGAAAAGAAGUCAGCUGGAAGGUAGCAGGGUUUGGGAAGUCUUCCUUGGUGUUCAAUGCCAAUGAGUUUCAUGAGAUUAGUGACCUUAAGUUUGGAGUAUCAGCUGACUCACUCACAGACAACAUCAGCAGUGGAUUUGAAUGGAUCACUUGUGUUUACAAUAGCAAUGAAGCACCUGCCUCUCCGAGAAAGGUUUCUAUUUUAUCCAACAAAGAUGGCCUAGUCAUAAACUGGAUUCCACCAACCUGUGAUGGUCUGACCUCCAAACCAGUCAGGUACCAACUCUCCUGGUGUCAGACAAAGGAUAAAUCAGAUGUUUGUCAAGGUUCUUGGAUGACCAGGGAUAUCAAGGCUCACGAUUCUGUGGAUUACGUCUAUCAUUUAUCAAAGCAGGACGUAGAGAUGUCAAAGUGGUAUGGUAUUGUCAUCAGAUCUAUUUCUAACUCGAAGAAGGUUUCUCCUCCAACAGACAUGUUCAAUGGCAGACCUGUCAGAAGCUAUAUGAUUGCUGAGGAGAUUAUAGGCAUAGCAUUAGCAGGCAUCAUUGGUGUCAUUUUCUUUGCUGUUGGUGUGUUGUUUAUCAUUAAACACUGUUACCAUGCUGUGAAGAGUGCUGUAAAACUAGAUCCCAUUCAUCUUCCUACAGUUCAAACUAGUAACACAGCAGGAAGUGGUGUUUUGUCUGCUUACAAAGAAAACUCAACAGAGACUGAGCCCCAGAGUCCAAUACAGAUACCCCAAUCUACCUCACCCCUCAUUAAACAGAAUGGGGUCCCUUUCCAGUUCCAGUACAGCAUGGACAGUGGAAGAGGGAGCCUUCCAGUGGAGGAUUUUCUGGAUCAUGAUCUCAAACAUCAUCCAAUUCCAGAGAUUGCCACUCCAGAUGGAUCCGUACCAAAGGACCCAGUUCCAUUUCUCUCUCUGUCCUCACCUCUAUCUUCACCAAGUCAGGAAAGCUGCUUGAAUGUGGAGGGAGUUGAUAAUGGCCUAAAAGCCAGCAGUUUGGAAGGAAGUGUAGAGUGGAACUCCUCACUUGCCCAAUAUAGAACAAUUUGCCAAGAGUCUGACUCUUCAUCGGAUGAUGAGACUAGUAGUGUGGCCAGCGAGAUGCAAGAAGAUGAAAUUAAACCUUAUAUUAAAGCUGGCUCCCAUAGUUCCUUGGACAAUAUGGACACCUUGCCUGGCUACCUGAAUGAUUGUGUCAAGUCAGGGUCAUCUGAAUCUGAUGGAGAAAGGCAUGGAAAAUGUUGCUCAACAACAAACAAAUUACUAACACAUUCCUCUCUAAAUGUAACAAACUGUAUCUGCUGUAUAGAGCGAGAAAAUAUUAGUCAGAACUUAACUAAGAAGACUUCUCUACAAAAUAACUCACCAAUGUUCGAAGCUCAAGUCAUAUCAAGUAGUACCCAUCCUAACCCAGCAUUUGAUCAAGGAGAAUUGCCAUCUAGUGGUUUGAUAAAGCUCCCUGCUCUAGAAAUGUGUAACAUUCUAAUGACGGUUGACAGCUCUUGUUCGAUAGAGAAGAGACUGUGUGCUGAUGAGGUGGACAAUGUAUCGGUGAAUUCGACCGAUUCCACAGACUCCCAGACAUCGGCUGAUAAAGACGAGGGCAGUGUUUUCACUUCCAGUGGGGAUAUAAUGGCCAGUUCAGACUAUUUACCAGUCGAUUCUGUACAGUUUAGUUCCUCAUGUUUUUCUCUCUAUGAUAGUAGCACUUACCUUUCUUGAUUAUGUUUGAUAUUUCAAUGUUCGUCCAAUUUUAAAGAUGUCCAAAGUAAGGUUUUUUUUUUCUUAUGAGAUUCCUUGUUAAGCUAUUUUAAGAGUACCAAGUAGUUUUUUGUGCAAUUAGUUUUCCUUUGAUUGUUAUGUUUUUUUUUUUGUUGUAGUGUUAGAUAUUAAGGGUAUGGUUUAUGCUUAGGCUCAUUGGAGCAAAUUCCUGAUUUAUUCAGCUAAUCUGAUUUAAUACAGUAUGUCCUAAGUCUGAUCAGCAAACCUGACAAUAUGUACCUCUAAUAGUUUUAUGAUGGUCUGACCAUUUACAAAGUGCUUGUGUGACUUUUAAUUUGUUUUAACUAUAAAACAACUGUCUCAAUGUAUUUGGCAGACAUACAUCAUAGAUAUGAUACAUAUAAUAUUUA